AUGGCAGAUCGUACAGUUUUUGAUCCUCCCCCGAGGCAAAGUACUUCUUCACCUAGUAAUAACAAUCCUGCGAACAUCAAUCAUCGUUCUAGCUUCGCCGAAAAUCUACGACAAUCACCAAGAGCUCAAAGGCAUCCAUCAUUCACACAAGCUGCGGUUCAAGAGCUGCUAAACCAUCCCCCGGCACAAAAAGGUGGAGAUCCAAAAUUCGCAGGAAGGGAUUGGAGACAAAUUCACGUCGGAGAAUUGGUACAGGAAUCUGACAUUCAUUGGUGUGAACUUGAUACAGAUGUUGAACAUGCGACAAAGGCGCUCAUAGAGUCCGGCCCCCCAAAUGUCAUUCUUAUCCGCGAAACUUCAAAUGACGUGACUGCUUGCGAUAGCUUCGACUACAAUGACCUCAAUGCAUACCUACUUGUAGUUCUUGGACUAGCAAGCCCCGAUGAAGGACAAACAGAUGCAUAUUCGCAAUUAGCAAGCAAAGCUCGGGAACGCGCACCUAUCCCACUUCGAGAUAUCAUAACACUUGCCAAAAAAGAACCUCUGACAACACUUUCCGAAUCGGAAGACCUUUCGAAAGCCGUAGAGAUAUUUGGCAGUGGUGUACAUCGUAUUCUUGUCUGCAAACCAGGCACUACAACAGUUGUGGGAAUUUUGAGUCAGUUAAAAUUGGUCAAAUUCUUAUGGGAUAAUGGUAGUAGUUUUCCAGCCAUCGAUCAGUUAUAUCCAACGAUUCUGAGGGAUUUGAAUAUUGGAACGCAGCACGCUAUCGCAAUCAAUGGUGAUAAGCUUCUCACAGAUGCUCUUCAGCUCAUGAGCAACGAAGGAUUGACCAGUAUUGCAGUGGUUGACAACGCUGCAAAUGUUGUUGGUAACAUAUCAACAGCUGACACUAAACUUCUUACACACACAAGUAGUCUACCUCUCCUUCAAUCCUCUUGCAUACAUUUCAUCUCUGUCAUAUUGAGCGAACGAGGAAUUGGUGAUGGAAAGGAUUCCUUCCCAGUCUUUCACGUCAACCCAUAUUCGACUCUCGCCCAUACCGUAGCAAAACUUGUCGCGACCAGGUCUCACCGUAUGUGGGUCGUUGAAUCGGCAUCUCCAUCUCCAUCAGCUCCUGCAACCCCAUCCCUCGCGCAUGCCUCUGUUGUUCAACAACCAAGUGGCAGUGGUUCCGUGCCACCCUCUCCUUCAUUCCCUGCCGUAUCUGCCGCAGCUUUACCUGGUGCACGUAUCUCGGGUCGUUUGACAGGUGUGAUUACUCUAUCCGAUAUUCUCAAUCUCUUCGCUCGUACAUCAGGUCUCAAUCCCUUGAAUCCAAAUGAAUCUCGAGCGAGAAGAAGAAGGAGCUCAAGUUCUUCUUUAAGACCAAGUAUAGAUUCAUCGAGAGGAGAUUAUCUGGAUACAAUACGAGGCGAGCGUGGAUCAAGCGUAGAUAAUAGGAAAUGA